UCGAGCUCGAGCCUCGAGCUAAUGGGUGGCGCCAAUUGUGACCGCUCCUUUUUAACCGUCAAAAGCCCCCAAAAUUAUUCCAUUUUCCAUUUGGUCGCCCGCUACGAAUUCUUUUUUUUCUCUCCACUCAUUUUUUUUUUCUCUUUCUCAACAAAAUAAACAAAAUACCCUUUCUUCCUUCGUCACAUCUCGCCACAGGCCGCGGCGGAGCACAUGGCGGCGCCCCCAGCGGCGGACGACUCCUCGUACUGGGCCUUCGAUUACGAGCUGCUCGACGACCUGCCUCCUGUCGAGCCUUGCUUCCAGUUGGUCGGCCCACCGAAUGCUCUGCCUCCUUCAGCUUCUCUCAGGUCUCAGUUUGUCAGAGUGAAAUCUGGUGGAGCUUUUAUUGAUAAGAUUCUUACAGAGCUUGACCACUCAUACCCAAAUCCAGAUUGUGUGAAGAACUUUGGUUCGAGAAAACGGUUGAGAUCGAGCGCGUGUGGUGCAUCUGAUUCGAAGGCCUACAAGGAGAAAAUUCGUAGGGAUAGGCUCAAUGAAAGGCAUAUUCCUUUUUUUUCCCUUACUUUUUAUUCGAAUCCAAGGUUUCAAGAACUUAGUUCUAUAUUGGAACCCGGAAGGCCUCCUAAAAUGGACAAAGGUCUUAUAUUGGGUGAUGCCAUUCGAAUGGUGACUCGACUAAGGGAAGAAGCCCAGAGAUUGAAAAUAUCAAAUGGUGAUUUGCAAGGAAAGGUCAAUGAGUUGAAGACAGAGAAAAACGAACUUCGAGAUGAGAAAAUGAUGCUAAAAGCAGAGAAAGAUAGGCUCGAGAAGCAAAUGAAGGAAGUAACGAACGCUCGACCAGGAGUUUUACCUCAUUUUCCUCAAUUUUUACCACCUCACAAACUUGUUCCUGUUAUGGGAUUCUCGGGGAUUCCAAUGUGGCAGAUGAUGCCGCCUACAGCGGUCGAUACCUCGGAGGAUCACACUCUCCGCCCACCGGUAGCUUGAGCUUUUGGAAAUUCCAACUGCUUUCCGGUAAUAAUUGCCAAUAAACUUUGUUGACAUAAUUAUUCUUUUCCCUAAUUGUGAGGUCUCUGUGCUGAUGAGAAUAGAUUUACUGUGAUUGAUUAUUCUGGGAUUAUGGACUUUAUUUAAUUUCAUUGAGUUACCUCUACAUGUGGAUAAAAUGCUCACAAUUUUACCUGGUUGUACGUGGAUAUCUUCUCAUUGGCCUUAUCGAGCAAAAUUGAUUUUUUUUUUUUAACCACCUGCUCAAGAUCUAUUGAAAUCAAAAUGCUCGAAA